AUGUUGGCCAUGGCGACGAGAUCAGUCCUUGGGAGAAGCUGGGAAGGCUGCAGGGCGACGGCGGCAGAAACGAGAUUUCUCGCAGCACAAUCGCCACGAAGAUGUGCCUCCUCAGAUGUCAAUGCAGCACCAGCAGCAGUACCAUCGUCAAAAGAGAUGGCGAGUGCAAGGACAUUCUGCUUGGAUCUGCUUCGGAAAUAUGAUAUGCCAUCAUCGCUGCUCUUGCCAUACAUCCCAAGUCAUGCCCGAGAUGCAUAUAUCGCUCUAAGAGCAUUCAACAUUGAUGUCGCCCGCACGGCAGACACAACAUCGACUCCCAUGAUUGGAUCCAUGCGAUUACAGUUCCAACGAGAUGCCGUCACGAAGUCCUUAGCAGGCUCGCCACCAAAACAACCCAUCGCCCUCCUUCUUGCCCUGGCAGCUGAAGAUAUCCAAGCCAGAAGCGAAGGCAAGCAGAAGUUCAGCAAAAGCUGGUUUCUGCGCAUCAUUGAUACGCGCGAGAAGUAUCUUUCCAAUCCGCCUUAUCAAACGCUUGAGGAUCUGGAGAGGUAUGCGGAGAACACCUACAGCACUCUGUUAUACUUGACCCUGCAAGCGCUGCCCAUGGCAAGCCUGACGGCCGAUCACAUCGCAUCGCACAUUGGGAAAGCCGCUGGUAUCGCGGCUGUACUUCGCGGACUUCCACUGAUCGCAUUCCCUGGACCACAGAACCAUCACAGCAAUCAGGGUCAGUUCCCAGGAGACGUCGGUGCAUCAAAGCAUGGCGCCGUAAUGCUGCCCGUGGAUGUUAUGGUCGAUGCCGGAGUGAGGGAAGAAGAUGUGCUGCGAAGUGGUGCAGAUGCCCCCGGUCUUCGCGAUGCAGUCUUUGCUGUGGCCACGCGAGCCAAUGAUCAUUUGAUCACAGCGAGGCAAAUGAUUACCAACAUCAAAGCCGGCCAAGAAGCUGGCCAUGAGUUCGAGCACCAGGACGAAGAGGAGCACGCAUAUCUGCCUUCCACUGGCAAGCAGGAGACGCAAGCGCAGGAAGUCGAGCGAGCAUUUGGUGUGUACAUGCCUGCAGUCGCGACGCAGAUGUGGCUCGAUAAGCUGCAGAAGCAUGAUUUCGAUGUCUUCCAGCCGAAGCUCAGGGUCACAGACUGGAAGCUACCAUUCUCGGCAUAUUGGGCUUAUAGCAGAAGGAAGCUUUGA